AUGACACCUAUUCACGCAAACUCUUUAACAGAGAAACAAGUCGUAAUAUCACAAGAAUUUCCAACAUUAUUGAGUAAAAGUAAAGAAGAAUUAGAAGAUCUAUACAAUAAUGAUGUGGUCUUCGAUUCUUUUUUGGAGACCGUGGAACAAGUUCGUAAUAUGAAGACCUUACAGGAUGAAAUGAGAAUGGGUAAUGAGACUUUGGCAAGAAAAACAUUAUCACAAGAACAAGAAUUAUAUGAGUUACGUAAUAGGAUUGUCAACCAAGAAAAAGGAUUAAAAGAACUUUUUACAGAAUUUGAAGAAAAACUUAAAGUUCAACAAGAGACUUUAAAGAGAUUUUCACCAUCAAUUCUUAUGACAAAAUUAAAGUCUGAAACACAACAAUCCGAUGAAUUAAGUGAACAAAUGGCAAAAUCAUUUUUAGAUGGAGAAUUAGAAGUUGAUCAAUUUUUAAAACAUUUUCGAGAGGUAAGAAAGGUAUAUCAUCUGAGAAAUGCCAAAGUAGAAAGAGUUAGUACACAACCUGGAAUUUUAGGAACAAUGUGA